UGCGCCUGCGCAUAUAUCUGAUCGCUGCGAAAUUAGGGUUUCUCGACCUAGCCUGGCUGUUAAAACAAAUUUCUUUUCGGUGGUGCGGGACCGAGACUCGGAUGCUGUCACGGCUCACUGGACCGUCUGUAAUCAUCUUCCCCUUCUCAACUGCUAGCGGUGGUCUGCUCCUUAGGUGCUCUCCAGUGAAAGCUGGAAAACAGCGCCGAGAUCUGUGGCACCGAGAAGCUUAUUACACUUGGAAAUUUGCGCCCUGUGUUGCCGGUUUGUUGGUGGUUGUUCUUCAUGACGAUGAUUUUAAUAUAGGUUAGAAUGAGGCGACAGGGACAGGAGCAGGGACAGGGACAGGGGCGAUACGGGGAUCCUAACAUCAAUUCCAUGGCUUCUUCCCAGUUGCAUCACUACCAGGCUCAGCAAAGGGUUCAACAACUCCCUGAUAAUAGUUACCCUGGAAGAGAUCCUGGGCAAGCUGCUGGGGAGAACCAGUAUACCGCCCAGAAGGCGAGACAGAGCCAAUGGGACAGGGGUGGACCGAAUAUCCCGAAUCAGAUUUCACCAUAUGCAUAUAAUGAGGGUCAAAAUGCUGAGGGUAAACGAUCCUUUUAUGAUGGACAACCAUCUGAUCUGAAGGUUGGUCUAGAAAAGCAACCAAGAAAGGAAUUGAGGGACCAGACUCAUACCGAUAAGAUUGAAGCAAGGCACGAUGACUAUAAUCUUCCUCGUACAUUUGAAAGUUUAGAGCAGAGUUUUCGUGAAGACAUUGUGGUCCUAUCCAAGGAACUAAAUGAUGCAGAGGAUGCUGAAAAUACCAGGCACAGGGAGAGAUUGAACGAAAUAAAUGCACAGUACCAUGAGAAACUAUUGGCACUUCGAGCUCGCCAGACAACCUAUCGAGAAGAAUUCCUGCGCAAAGAGUCUCUGGAACGCCAACAGCAAUACCAAAAGGCCAGCAUAAGCAAUUAUGCAAAUAAUGUUGUGCCUAGGGAACCACGUGGCUAUCCUCCAGCAGCUGCAGACACACCUCCUCCUGCUGCUGCUUCGUCUCGAGGUUCUUAUGGAGAGGCUCAUCGGGGUUAUGCAUCUGGUCGGUAUGAAUCCUUUGGGGAGCGGCCAGAUUACCCAGAGUUCCAUGGUGGGGGCCAAGGUCGAGAUCUUGGUUUUGAGCACCGUGGCCAAUACCCUGGAGGUCGUGCUUAUAACUCUGGCGGACGUAGAUUCUGAAGAUGGCUUGGUUGAACAGUCAGCCAUUUUGGCCUCACUUCAGCUGGGCUUAUCUUUCCGUGGAAAGUUUAAAGUAAAUUUCUUUAGAAGCUUAGUUCCAGCCGCCUUUGAAUGUAAACACUUGUAAAACCUGUUUUGCGAUUAUGUACCGGUAUUUAUUCAAGCGUUGAUCAUUCUUCAGUAGACCUAAAAUUCUCCAAUUCUCAACUCUUGCACAUGUAGCUGUUUGUGCUUUGCAACCUCACCAGUGUUCCUUUGGAUUCGUAAUUCUGUCGAGGAAAAAGGGGAACACUAUGUGGGUGUUGGCUAGACUUUGGGUUUCUAUUCUUAUAUCAUAUUUUUUAUCUCA